AUGGAAUUGUGUUCCCAUAGUCUGCAGAAUGUUCUUCAACACAAACCACAAGUGUUUGGUCGACAACCGGAAGAACCCAUGAAUUCAAUCGAGUUUUACAUUUCGUGUCAUAUAUUCAAAGAGAUCUUAGAAUGCGUUCAAUAUUUACAUGAAUUGAAUCCUCCGGUCAUUCAUAGAGAUCUCAAACCCGACAAUAUAUUAGUGGCACUAAACGUCACAAAUAGGCGGUAUUUUAAACUGGGUGACUUUGGUUUGGCGACAGUACACGACCGGAAUAUCCAUUCAAUGACUAAUAAUAAACAUACGGGAGAUGUCGGCGACAUUAUAUAUCAGGCGCCUGAAGUGGCUUAUAAUGCAAAAUAUGACCACAGGGUAGACAUCUAUAGUCUGUCCAAAAUCGGCGAAGAAAUCUUUGGUUUGAAUUUCAAUGACAAACUCACUAAUAACACUAAUAACGAAGUUCUGGGUAAACGUGUUCUUAAAUUACAAGACUUACUACAAUCCAUGUCAUACUAUAACUGGGAUCAUCCGCACAAACCCGGCCCUCACUGGACAGACAGACCCGAGUGCUCACAAGUGUUAUCCGAAUAUAACUUAUGUGACAAUAAAGUGAGCUAUGCAUUAGACGGCGGCCGCGAACUCGGAGCUCAUGGACCUACCGGUCCCUCGAAUUUGUCUUAUUUUGAUGACCGCAUAAAGUACGGCACAUAUGAUGAGUACAAUCGUUGA